GGGGCGAGUCGACGCGUGAACAGUUAGACUGGCGGACGGGGCAACCGCGGCCGUAGGUCCUUCUAAACACCUCUAUCCCCUGAUGCGCGGGGGGACCCAGCUCCUCUCGCUGGGGGAUGCUGCGGGAUUCCUGGCGACGGGCAUCCGGGCCGCCCGCUAAGCCCCUGUGCCAGCCCUGUGCCCCUGGGGAAGCGGAGUCCGGCGGCCGAGACGCUGCGGGGUGCCCGGCGGGGAGGGGGCUGGAAGCCCCAGACCCGAGGGCAUGGAGCGGUUAGGAGAGAAAGCCAGUCGCCUCCUGGAGAAGUUAAGACUCUCGGACUCAGGCAGCGCCAGGUUCGGCCGCAGAAAGGGUGAAUCAAGCCGGUCUGGGUCCGAUGGGACUUCCGGACCCGGCAAGGGGCGACUGAGUGGAUCGGGGGAACCUAGGAAAUCAGGGCCCCGGGGAGCUACCGGGGGAUCUGGGGAUGAGUCGUUGGAACCUGCCCGGGAACAAGGCUCCCUGGACGUUGAGCGGAACCCGCGCGGGUCCUUUGAGGCGCAGCGCUACGAAGGCGCCUUUCCCGGGGGACCGCCGCCCACUCGGGCCUUGCCUCUACCUCAGUCAUUGCCCCCCGAUUUUCGGCUGGAGACCACGGCCCCUGCCCUAAGUCCUCGCUCCAGCUUCGCAAGUAGCUCGGCCAGCGAUGCGAGCAAGCCGUCCAGCCCUCGGGGUAGCCUACUGCUGGACGGGGCGGGGGCUGGCGGAGCCGGAGGUAGCCGGCCCUGCAGCAAUCGUACCAGCGGCAUCAGCAUGGGCUACGACCAGCGCCACGGGAGCCCCCUGCCCGUCGGGCCGUGCCUGUUUGGCCCGUCCCUGGCUGGGGCUCCGGCGGGCUGUUCCCCCGGUGGGAUCCCUUCUGCCUAUCCGGAUCUCCACGCCGCCCUGGACCGACUGUGCGCUCAUCGGCCCGUAGGGUUCGGCUGCCAGGAGAGCCGCCACUCGUAUCCCCCGGCCCUGGGCAGCCCCGGAGCGCUAGUCGGGGCUGGAGUGGGAGCGGCGAGGCCCUUGGAGAGACGGGGAGCUCAACCUGGACGACACUCGGUGACCGGCUACGGGGACUGCGCCGCUGGCUCCCGCUACCAGGAUGAGCUAACAGCGUUGCUGCGCCUGGCGGUGGGCACCGGGGGGCGAGAAGCCGGCGCCCGGAGGGAACCCUCCGGGAUUGAGCCGUCUGGUCCCGAGGAGCCGCCGAGUCCGUUCGCUGCAGAGGCCGCCCGGGCCCGGAUGCGGGAGCAGGAGGCCAGGGAGGACUACUUCGGCACCUGUAUCAAGUGCAACAAAGGCAUCUAUGGGCAGAGCAAUGCCUGCCAGGCCCUGGACAGCCUCUACCACACCCAGUGCUUUGUCUGUUGCUCCUGUGGGCGAACUUUGCGUUGCAAGGCUUUCUACAGCGUCAACGGCUCUGUGUACUGUGAGGAAGAUUACUUGUUUUCAGGGUUUCAGGAGGCAGCUGAGAAGUGCUGUGUUUGUGGACACUUGAUUUUGGAGAAGAUCCUGCAGGCAAUGGGGAAGUCCUAUCACCCAGGCUGCUUCCGAUGCAUCGUUUGCAACAAGUGCCUGGAUGGCAUCCCCUUCACAGUGGACUUUUCCAACCAGGUGUACUGUGUGACGGACUACCACAAAAAUUAUGCCCCCAAGUGUGCAGCCUGCGGCCAACCCAUCCUCCCCUCAGAGGGGUGUGAGGACAUUGUGAGGGUGAUAUCCAUGGACCGGGAUUACCAUUUUGAGUGCUACCACUGUGAGGACUGCCGGAUGCAGCUGAGUGAUGAGGAAGGCUGUUGCUGCUUCCCUCUGGAUGGGCACUUGCUCUGCCACAGCUGUCACAUACAACGGCUCACUGCCAGACAGCCUCCUGCCAACUAUAUCUGAACUGCUGUUGCUGCCACUGCUGCCACCACCACCGCUGGCAAACUCCUCUGGCCACUGGGCUCCUCUGAGGCCAGCCGAGGCAAGGCAUGCACUCUGCAGGCCUGGGAGAAGAGUCCUCUGGGGAGGGCCCAAGGGCCGGAGACCCAAAGAUCAUGACAUUCCAAAUAGAUUGUGGAGGAGGAGUGAGGCCUGUGCAGUAGCAUACACUCAGGCACACACAAGUGAAUGCUAAUAAUUCUGAAGGUGUGGUUCUAGUCUAUAUCUCCUGUAUAUGUUUGAAGAUAAGUCAAGCAAUGUUCUUGUUCUAAAUUAUAGGAAAAGAGAGAGGACAUCUUGGGAGCUCCUCCUCCUCUUACAUCCCACACAAAAUGGUCAGAUGUGGGUUAGUGGGUUUUUAUUACAAUAUCUUAUUUCUGUAUAUGGAUGAAGAGAUGGAAACUAGAGUGGACCUUACUGAUGAGUUACGUCUUAGUUUUGCUCUCUCUAAGGAGUAGAAAUGCUUCUCAUUCUCCUGCUAAGAAUUGGGAUCAUCUCUGGGUGGGCCUGCUGCUUGUAUUGCCUGUUGCUCAGGGACUCAUGUGGACCUGGGUGAGGACAGGUGGUUACCUGUACUUGGGUCCUUCUCUCCUCAGCCAGGGGAAAUAAUGAGUGGGACUCUGGGUGUGGAGUUUCAGGCUAGCCACACUCCCUGCUUCCUCACUCCCAGGUUUGGGUGCACUGAGCCCUCCAGCCCAGCCCAGUGUAUGCACUCAUGGGUGCCUUCUUACAAACAUAUGCUCUCACUUUUUCUCAGGCCUCCCUCCCUAGCAGUAAGUCACCACUCCAAACCUGCCACUUCUCAAAGAGAUCUGAGGAUUAUAUCCCCUAAACCUCAAAAUUCUGGCUGGAUCUGGGAAGCCAGAGGAAGCAGAACACUUUGAUUCGGUUCUAGUCAUCUUGGCUGAAACUAGUUCACCUAAAGCUAGAUCUCUGAACACCAAUUCAGUGAAAACUUGUUUGCUUAAGGUUCAGUUCACUUAAUGACCAAUUUGCCAAAAGCUUGAUCCCCUUUUGGGUGUUGUUAUAUCCAUUUAGGUAUCUCAGCUUUUUUUUGUUGUGCUUUGGGUAUUUCAAGGAUUUAUAUCUACUCAUCCAAGAGUACUUCUUUCUGAGUUAUUAUGAGCAACAUAAAUUUAUCAAAUUUGCAGCACUUUGUAAAUGAUGAAAUUGAUUCCUACCUUUGUAGAUGUCUUUUUCUGUUAUAUACUUUUCAAACACUUUUUUUUAAGUUCAGAGUUUCUAGCAAUAAAUAUAAUUGGUACAGACAUUUUGUGUAUCAUUUUGUGUUUCUUAAUCCAAUAUUCCUUUACAAAUUGGAUGCCUUGAAAAAUGUAAUGGAGUGGUAUAUAAUUUUGAUGCCUUGGUCUAACUUAUACAUUCCUGCUAUUAAAAUGCCAGUAUAUUCUGAACAAUGGGACAGGCAUGUGGCAUAUUUGGUUCACUAACAAAGGUACAGACAACAACAGUAAGUAAAAGGGUGAAUCUGCUAAAUCCUUGUGAAAUGCUGCAGAUUUGAUAAAUAUUUAUUUUAGACUACUUGGAUCUAGGUGAAUUGGUUUUAGGCAAAUUAAUCUGAUUAUCUUUGAUACUUAGUCUUCAUUCUCUGUCACUUAGAGUUUCAUGGUGGAAAUGGCUCCUGAGGACAGAAAUUCCACAUCUGGGGGCUAUUCUAAGAUAACUAUGGCAGCCAACAUGGGAAUUGCAUAGCAUGAGUUAGAAUAAAUGAGGAAUUCUGAGUUCAGAUUCGUGUAAUGUCAAGGCAGAGGGGUGAAAUGUACUGAGUUUUGUGAGAAUAAAUGUUCUGAAACUGAAUUAAUUAUCUUACAAAUGGGAUUGCUUCUUUUGAACUAUUAUUAUUAAAUAAAUGAAUACAAAGAU